UUCUCGAGCACCCACGUUCUCUCUCUCUCUUCUCCCCACCUCGUAAUCCACCAGCCUCUGAUUACACGUUCAAAAUCCAACCACUACCCUCCAAAAUCCUCCCCCUCUCCCCCACUCUCCCCUCCUUCUCCUUCGCUUUCACAAGACUUCUCCUUCGGCUCUUCCCCUGUUUUUACUUCCCCCUCCUUCUCUCUCUCUCUCUCUCUCUCUCUCUGCAACUCCUCGUUGCAGCAGCCCAAAAACAUCCCCCAUGCAUUUGGACCAUUAACAAAAAUAAUGUCUCCCUCCCACCAUCCUUUUACCAAAUGCAACAAAAUGCCACUCUCCGCACCGCCCGCAUUGCCACUCCACCUCCUCCUCUGCUUCUUCUUCCUAUCUCCGCCGUCCUCCUCCGCGCUCACCCCCGACGGCCUCUCCCUCCUCGCCCUCAAGGCCGCCGUCUCCUCCGACCCGGCUCGCUCCCUCUCCUCCUGGUCUGAGUCCGACCCUAGCCCCUGCCACUGGGCCGGCGUCGCCUGCGGCCGCGGCCGCCGGGUCGCCUCCCUCUUCCUCCCCGGCAAGAACCUCUCCGGGUACAUCCCCUCCGAGCUCGGCCUCCUCGGCUCUCUCCGGCGGCUCAACCUCGCCGGCAACAACUUCUCCCAGCCCAUCCCCUCCCGCCUCUUCAAUGCCACCUCCCUCGUCUCCCUCGACCUCUCCCGGAACUCGCUCUCCGGCCCGGUCCCGACCCAGAUCAAGAACCUCCGCAACCUCGCCCACUUGGACCUGUCCUCCAACUCGCUCGAUGGGUCGCUCCCCGAAGCGCUCGCGAAGCUCGGGAGCCUCUCCGGGACGCUGAACCUGUCGUACAACGGGUUCUCCGGCCAGGUCCCGGCGUCUUACGGCCGGUUUCCGGUGAUGGUGAGCUUGGACCUCGGGCACAACAACCUCACCGGCAAGAUACCCCAGGUGGGCUCGCUGCUGAACCAGGGCCCCACGGCGUUCGCCGGGAACCCAGGGCUCUGUGGGUUCCCGCUCUCGGCGCCGUGCCCGCAGGCGCUGGAUCCGAGUGCGUCUGCGAGGCCGGAGGACCCCGAGAGCCCGAAAUCGAACCGCAUUCACAGCUCGCUAGCGGGUGACGGUGGGAUGGCUCAGAAGAAGAGCAAUUCGCUCCUGAUACCGGUUCUUUCCGGACUCUCAGUGAUUGCGGGCGUGGUUUUCGUGUCCGUGUGGUUCGUCAGGAGGAAACAGACGAGGUUCGGGAGAGACAAGUCGGGGAAGGAGAAAGCAGCGGCGGCGGCAGUGGAGGAAACGGCGGACCUAGAAGGGCAAAAGGGUAAGUUCGUGGUCUUGGACGAGGGGUUCGAUUUGGAACUGGAGGACUUGCUGAGGGCGUCGGCUUACGUGGUGGGGAAGAGCCGGAGCGGGAUCGUGUACAAGGUGGUGGUCGGGCGGGGCGGCAGCGGCGGAGGGUCCGCGGCCGCGGCGGGGGUGGCGGUGGCGGUGAGGAGGCUGAGCGAGGGCGACGCGGCGUGGCGGCUAAAGGAGUUCGAGUCCGAGGUGGAGGCCAUCGCUCGGGUCAACCACCCGAACGUCGUCCGCCUGAGGGCUUACUACUACGCCAGCGACGAGAAGCUGCUGGUCUCCGAUUUCAUACGCAACGGGUGCCUGUACGCCGCAUUGCAUGGGGGACCAUCUAAGAGUUCGCCGCCAUUGUCGUGGGCAUUGAGACUAAAGAUUGCUCAAGGAACUGCGAGGGGCUUAGCGUACAUACACGAGCACAGUCCUCGGAAGUACGUCCAUGGGAACCUGAAAUCCACGAAAAUCCUCCUUGACGAUGAGUUUCAGCCUCACAUAUCUGGAUUCGGUCUCAAUCGUCUUAUCUCAGGGACUCCGGGAUUCACCGCCUCAUCGUCCAAGAAGCAUGGCUCUAAUAACCAAACCGUCUUAAGCUCCGCAAUGGAGCUGAAGAUGCCGGCUCCUCGGUCGCUUAACUUGGCGCCCGAGACCCGGGUAUCCAGCACCAAGGUCACCCAGAAGAGCGAUGUGUACUCCUUUGGCAUCGUCCUGAUGGAGAUCCUCACGGGGCAGGUGCCGGACGCAGGGCCCGACAACGACGGGAAGGGCCUGGAGAACCUGGUGAGGAAAGUGUUCCGGGAGGAGCGACCCUUGUCCGACAUUAUAGACCCGGACCUCCUGCACGAGGUCCACGCGAAGAAGCAAGUGGUCGCCGCGUUCCACGUCGCGCUGAAUUGCACGGAGCUCGACCCGGAGCUGCGUCCUCGGAUGAGGGUGGUCUACGAGAGCCUGGACCGCAUUAAGGUCCGGUGACGGUCUGGGGAGACCGAAAGUGAAGCCGCGGAGCCUCAAAAGCUCCUGAAGAAGCAUUUUAAUCCUUUCUGGAUGUAGGAAUCAUCAUCAUAAGUGCUCUUCUUCCUAUGGUUUGUAAAAUCUGUAGCUGGACUUUUCCUCAUGGAGGGUUUAACCUGUAGAAGAAGCGUAUUUCGAUCUUCCUAGGUUGACUUUGACCAUGAAGUGAUUUUUGUUGCGGGUCUUUUGCAGAUAUAAAUCAGCGGUAUUUUUGUUGGCUCCUGCUUUCUUCGAGCAAAGGUUGGCUAUGAAUAAUCUUUGUAUA